AUUUCCAGUUAGGGCUGGCAUGCACUGUAUGCACGAAACAUUCAUCAUCUAUGCAUCAUCUUGGUCAAUAAUUCGAUCGCAGAAGUGGUAUCCAUAGGUGCAACUCCAUAAACCUCCAGGAUCUUCAUCGUUGUCGAUGCACAAGUUCAGAUCAUUGAAUUGUUGAGAAUCCUGUGUCUCACAAUAGUUCACGUGACCCAUUGACACAAUACUGGAAAGUUCUGCAUUUCCCAAUAUGGCAUCCUUAAGGCAUGAAUUUUACGAGACAGACGAAAAACUGACCAUCUCCGUCUUCGACCGAGGGGCUGAUCCUGCACAGGUAUCCAUUACGUUUGAGCCACGCAAGAUCAGCUACCAAAACGGCGAGAAGACUUUAUCCUUACAACCGUUGAAAGGGCAGAUUGACCCGGAGAGGUGCGAUUUCACGGUCGGCAAAGUCAAGGUUGAACUCCGUCUUGCGAAGAUGGCUCAAGGCCGUUGGGGGGCUGUUACUGGUGAUGCUCUUGAUCCUCUUCAGACCUCGGCCCCUAUUGGACCAACCACGUCUCCGGCGGUGACCGAGGCAAGGGCUAAGCCCAAGAAGAAUUGGGAGGAACUUACCACCAAAAUUCUCACAUCUGAAAAGGAGGCGACUGCAGAUGAGGACCCUAACGUUGGCGGUGACAGCACGGUCAAUUCCUUCUUCCAAAAGAUAUUUGGAGAUGCAGAUGAUGAUGCCAAACGCGCAAUGAUGAAGAGCUUCCAGGAGAGUGGAGGAACUACCCUUAGCACAAACUGGGAGGAAGUGAGCAAGGCUCCCGUCGAAGUGAAGCCUCCAGCAGGUAGUGAGUGGAAGAAAUGGGAUUGAACUUGACCAUUAGCUUGUAUUCUAGCAUCAGUUACUCCGCAUGUUGUCAGCGCUUUCAAAGGAAUCAUUGUCUCACAUCGAAAAUAUUAGGGACCCUGUCAGAGAGCAGUUUAAUGCUCGUGACAGGCCACGACGUUCCAGGAUGAGCUGAAUCAGAGUAUCGAG